CCCGUCUUUCUCUUCUUCCCACCCCCGACCCCGAAAGCCCAACUCGAAAACGAAGGCGCCAAACCGAAUCGCCCCCAAACGCCCCCGCCUCCGCCCCCGCGCGACCAGCUUCGCAUCCGCAUCCGCCUCCCCCCUCCUCGCCGCCGCCGCGACGUCCGUCCACGCCGUCCGCCAGCACCCUCCCGCACCUCGCGUGGGCCCCCUCGGCGGCGUUCCCCGCCUCGCCCGGCCGCCCUCCGCGGUGCCGUGCUCGGCGGACCUCUGCUCUGUGGUCCAGGUUGGAUCAAAGGCCCAAUGCCUCUCUUCAAGAGGAAACCCUUCUCCUUGCUGGAGCCCCCUAAGGACUUGGAUCCUAAGGAGAAGGUGUUCCAAAUUCGGUUCUCGAAGGAAAUAUUCCGAGAUUAUCAAGAAUACCUUAAAAGGCUAAACCUUUAUCGUCAAAGGGUUUGGACAUGUAAGGUGUCUGGAAAAUCUAAUAUAACUUUUGAAGAAGCUUUGGUAUCUGAGCAUAAUGCGAUGGAGAAGGCUAAAAAAAUGCCAACUGAGUUGAUAGCUCAUGUUCUUCAGAUGACUCAAUACAGCACUCUUGGCUUACACGAGCUUGUCAACAAGAUAUAUGCUAGUCUGCAGGAAGAAGUAUUUGAGGGAAUAGAGUUACAUGCUAAAAAGGAUGGUUCUGAGGCACGUUGCAAGAUUUUGAAGAUUUUAGAUUCUGGUGACACAAAGAUGUACGAAGUGGGUUGGAUUUGUCAGGGCAAGACUGUGAUCAGCACGUCGGUAGUCAAAGCUGCAGAUUUGAUUCACCGGAGGGCACCUGUUAGCAGGAAUACACUGAAGAUUUUUAUUAGAGAUGCAACAUCACAAAGUACCCCGUGGAUUAUACAUGAGAAUCUUGCCAAAAAAUAUGGCAUACCCAUCGAGCCCCCUAACGACAUAAUGUUGCAAAAGAGAGGGAGAAAAAGACACGAGGAUGGAACUAUCCAAGAUGGGAGAAAAAAGUUAAAGAAAGAUGAAGGACUUACAAAUGUGCCAAUUAAGUAUCCAAUAGACGAUCUCUUAGUAAGGCCUACCGCAGAUGAUACUGUUUUAGUAAAGAGACCACCUCUGGCUACAGAUUUUAGAGUACCAAGAUGUUCUGUGGGGGAUCUCCUUAUGGUAUGGGACUUCUGCUCGUCUUUUGGGAGGCUCCUGAAUCUGUCCCUAUUUUCGCUAACAGAUCUGGAGAAUGCAAUUUGCCACAAAGAAAGCAAUGCUCUUCUUGUAGAAGUGCAUGCAGCAAUAUUUCACUUGCUUAUUAAGGAUGAAGGUGACUAUUUUACUAUUCUGCGGAACAAGAAACGGAAGCUAAAGGUAAAUUUAGUGACAUGGGCUGAAUAUCUAUGUGAUUUCUUGGAAUUGACAAAAAUUGAAGAACUCUCCAAUAACAUCACGACAGUAAGAAGGGGUUACUAUGGUCCUAUUGACACUGAUAUAAAGCUUAAGAUUCUCCGGGAAUUAGUGGAAGAAGCUGUUACAACUUCUGCCAUAAGAGAGAUACUAAGCGAGCGUGUGGACCAGAAACAAGCCCUUGCUGCAACAAAAAGAGAGAGUACCAGAAAGGAGAAAGAAGAUCAAACCUUAAACACUGAAAUUGCCAUGAAAAAUGAUAAUAAUCAGACAGAUGCUGUGCAAGAUGGCAAUGAGAGUGUUGAUGAGCAGGUUAGGGAAAAAGAAGAAAAGGAUAAGAGCAAUUUUUCUCGAAGCAAGACAGAAGGGAAACGGCAUAUGGUACGGAACCUUGAGACGGAGAUUGAGAAACUAUCCAUCCGUUCCAGCCCUCUCGGUAAAGACAGACAUUACAAUAGAUAUUGGUUUUUCAGGCGCGAAGGGAGGCUUUUUGUUGAAAAUGCAGAUUCCAGAGAAUGGGGUUACUACAGUACUAAGGAAGAGCUUGACACGCUCAUGGGCUCACUGGAUGUGAAAGGUAUAAGGGAGAGAGCUCUCAAACGGCAGCUAGAGAAGUUCUAUAAUAAGAUAAGCAAUGCCCUGGAGAAACGAUCAAAGGAUAUUGCAUACAAGAUAUUACUCGAAGAGGCUGUGCUGCGCCGUUCUACGCGAGUUCGGGCUCAACCAAAGGAUAACCCUUCCAUGGCAUUCCUCAAGUAUGUGAACAAAUGGAAGGAAAACUGAGCUACCAAAAGAUGACAGUUUGUCAGCAGAUUGGGGGAGCUAGGCUGCUACUGUUCAGUGUUUGCAGUAGGAAGCCACGUGUGCUUCGUAGGGUUGUCGAUGUGGCUUGCCAUUCCUCAUGGCUGGUAUUCGAGUCCUCACUAGAUAGUGAAACCUUAUUUAUAUUUCGACUCCAGUUUGUUUUUGGAUAUUGAGGCACAAAUUGAAUGUCCUUUCUUCCUCCACUGAACAUACACCUGGGGUAACUUAUCUUACAUGUAACCGUGAUGCGACUAUGAAAACAGUAGAAGCCUGUUGGCAAAUUGAAAACCUUAUUUGAUAAUUUGCCAAGAAA